CAAGUCAGGUUGCAGGGAGGAGAAAAAUGAUCAGGUGACCGUGUCAGGGGUUUGUUGGAGAGGUUCGGCCCUGCAACCGGUAUGGAAAUGAACAGAAUCCCAUCGGACUGCCGGUUAGUGAGAGUACAGAGACUGUGGAGCGGGAUAUGUGAGUUUGAGCGAGUUUGUUGAGGUGUGUCUGUACGUUGGUGACGGGACCAAACUCUGGAGAUACAGCUUGUGCCUAAAAUGAAGACUCUGCUCUGGGUCCUGUGGAGCUGCUGGCUUCUAACUCUCACAGGGGCGUCCGAGGCUGAACGGAGGCUACUGGAGGAUUUGUUUCAGGAUUACAACCUGAAGGUGCGACCGGCACGGACCUGGAAUGAGCGAGUGAUGGUCCGAGUGGGAAUGACUUUAGUACAGCUUAUCAGCUUGAACGAGAAGAAUGAAGAGAUGACAACAAACGUGUUCAUGAAUAUGGAAUGGAUCGACUACAGGUUAUCCUGGAAUCCUGAGGACUAUGACAGUAUUGACGUUGUGCGAAUUCCUCCCAUAAAAGUGUGGCGUCCAGACAUCUACCUAAUCAACAAUAAUGAUGGCCAGUUUGACGUGGCUCUGUAUGUGAACGUGCUGGUGAGGAGUGAUGGGACCGUCUCCUGGUAUCCGCCUGCCAUCUACCGCAGCUCCUGCUCCAUAGAGGUUGCAUACUUUCCAUUCGACUGGCAGAACUGCACAAUGGUGUUUCGUUCCUACACGUAUGAUUCCUCAGAAGUGGACCUUCAGUACGGUCUAGAUGAAGAUGGCAACGAGCUCCAUGAGAUAGUUAUUGAUGAGAAUGCCUUCACUGAGAACGGCGAGUGGCAGAUUUGUCACAAGCCCAGCAGGAAGAUCGUCCAGGAGGACCUGUAUGAGGACAUCACCUUCUACCUGAUCAUCGAGAGGAAGCCUCUGUUCUACAUCAUCAACAUCAUCGUGCCCUGCAUCCUCACCAGUGUGCUGGCCAUAUUCGUCUUCUACCUGCCGCCUGGUGCAGGUGAGAAGAUGACUCUAUCCAUCUCCGUCCUCAUUGCUCUCACUGUUUUCAUGCUGUUGUUGGCUGACAAAGUCCCAGAAACAUCGCUUGGCAUUCCUAUCAUCGUUAAAUACGUGAUGUUCACCAUGAUCCUGGUGACGUUCUCUGUCAUCCUAAGCGUGGUGGUCCUGAACCUCCACCACAGGACUCCCAGCACACACCACAUGCCCGUGUGGGUGCGAAAGGUGUUCAUCAACUUGCUGCCUCGUUACUUGGGUGUGCUCAGGCCCCAAACUGAGGAGCCAGUGGAGGACGAGACAAAAGAAAACGUCCCACUGGGUUGUUUGGACCAAGGCCUCAGACCUGGAGGUGAAUAUUUCGUCCGAAAGAUCAACCCAGAGCUGGUAAUGCCGUGGAGAGGAAGUCAUAAUGAGAGCACUGUGAAGUUGCAGAGGUUCUCAAACAGUGACAACUAUUGUCUGAUUCUGCCCCCGAAUCUCAAAUCUGCAAUCGCCGCCAUCAAUUACAUGUCCGAACAGUUGAAGAAACAGGAUGUGGAUGAUACUAUGACGGAUGACUGGCAGUACAUCGCUGUGGUUUUGGAUCGGCUCUUCUUCUGGCUCUUUGUCAUCAUCACUUCACUGGGAACACUGGCCAUGUUUCUGGAUGCCAGUUUCAACCUCACUCCUGACCAGCCUUUUCCAUGAGCACAUCCCUGAUCCAACAUCCGACACACUGAACACACACCACAGGGACUCCAGGGGGCGCCAGAGAGUACUCUCUCUCUCUCUCUCUCUCUCUCUCUCUGU